CCGGCACCGGCGGGAUGGGAGCAGCGGCGGCGGCGGCCGGUGGCCGGCCCUGAGCCGCCCCCUCCGGCCACACCGGCCCCGGGGAGCCCUGUCCCGGCCCGGCCAAACCCGCCCCGCCCCGGCCGGGCCGCCCGGCGGGCGGAAGAUGCGGCGCACCGGGGGUCGGUAGUACUAUGUUUUGGUAUGUGGCCGCUUUGGUUGCAAGUGUGCUCGGCGCCCGCGGGGUGCCCGUGCAAGGUGCCCUCGGCUCGAGGGAGGAGCCCGAGUUUGUGACCGCUCGCGCUGGCGAGAGCGUGAUCCUGGGAUGCGACGUUAUCCACCCGCUCACGGGGCAGCCGCCUCCCUAUGUGGUGGAGUGGUUCAAGUUCGGCGUCCCCAUCCCCAUCUUCAUCAAGUUCGGGUUCUACCCUCCCCAUGUCGACCCGGGGUAUGCAGGCAGGGCCAGCCUGCACGACAAGGCGUCCCUGCGCAUUGAGCAGGUGCGCUCCGAGGACCAAGGCUGGUACGAGUGCAAGGUGCUGAUGCUGGACCAGCAGUACGACACCUUCCACAACGGCAGCUGGGUGCACCUCACAGUCAAUGCUCCCCCCACCUUCACGGAGACCCCGCCGCAGUACGUGGAGGCGAAGGAAGGCAGCAGCGUCACCCUGACCUGCAUGGCAUUCGGGAACCCCAAGCCCAUCGUCACCUGGCUGAGAGAGGGAGAGUUGCUGGCCGCCAGCAGCAAGUACCAGGUGAGCGACGGCAGCCUGACGGUGCUCUCGGUCAGUCGGGAGGACAGGGGUGCCUACACCUGCCGGGCCUACAGCAUCCAGGGGGAGGCUGUGCACACCACGCGCCUGCUCGUCCAAGGCCCACCCUUCAUCGUUUCCCCUCCGGAGAACAUCACGGUCAACAUCUCCCAGGAUGCGCUGUUCACCUGCCAGGCCGAGGCGUACCCAGGGAACCUCACCUACCUGUGGUACUGGGAGGAGGAGAACGUCUACUUCAAGAACGACCUGAAGCUGCGGGUGCGGAUCCUGAUCGACGGGACGCUGAUCAUUUUCCGGGUGAAGCCAGAGGAUGCUGGAAAAUACACCUGCAUCCCGAGCAACAGCCUGGGCCGCUCGCCAUCCGCCUCCGCCUACCUGACGGUGCAGUAUCCUGCCCGGGUGGUGAACAUGCCCCCUGUCAUCUACGUUCCCAUCGGGAUACACGGGUACAUCCGCUGCCCCGUGGAGGCAGAGCCCCCCGUCACGCUGGUCAAGUGGAACAAGGACGGCCGGCCCCUGCGCAUCGAGAAGUACUCUGGCUGGAACCUGCUGGAAGAUGGGUCGAUCCGAAUCGAGGAGGCAACCGAAGAUGCUCUCGGCACUUACACCUGUGUGCCUUAUAACGCCCUGGGUACGAUGGGCCAGUCUCCCCCUGCCCGACUGGUACUGAAGGACCCCCCCUAUUUCACGGUGCUACCAGGCUGGGAGUACAGACAGGAGGCAGGGAGGGAGCUGUUGAUUCCUUGUGCUGCUGCGGGAGACCCCUUUCCUAUCAUCGCCUGGAGAAAGGUAGGGAAGCCCAGCAGGAGCAAGCACAACACGCUGCCCGGCGGCACCCUGCAGAUCCGCUCCCUCGGCAAGGACGACCAUGGCGAGUGGGAGUGCGUCGCCACCAACGUCGUCGCAAGCAUUACUGCCAGCACUCACCUUACAGUCGUAGGCACAAGCCCUCAUGCCCCCACCAGUGUGCAUGUGGUGGUUGCCAUGACCUCUGCCAACGUCUCCUGGGAGCCCGGCUACGACGGUGGAUACGAGCAGACUUUCUCAGUUUGGUACGGCCCUCUGGUGAAGAGAGCCCAGUUUGGCCCCCAUGACUGGCUGUCUCUCCCCGUGCCAGCUGGUUCCAGCUGGCUCCUGGUGGAUACCUUGGAACCGGAGACCGCGUACCAGUUCAGCGUCUUGGCUCAGAACAAGCUGGGCACCAGCUCCUUCAGUGAGGUGGUCACUGUGAACACUCUAGCAUUCCCUGUAACAACUCCAGAGCCUCUGGUGUUGGUUACCCCACCGAGGUGCCUCACAGCCAACCGGACCCAGCAAGGCGUCCUCCUGUCGUGGCUCCCUCCUGCCAACCACAGCUUUCCCAUCGACCGCUACAUCAUGGAGUUCCGCGUCGGGGAGAGGUGGGAGAUCUUGGACGAUGCCAUCCUCGGGACCGAGAGCGAGUUUUUUGCCAAGGACUUGUCCCAGGACACUUGGUACGAGUUCCGGGUCCUGGCGGUCAUGCAGGAUCUCAUCAGCGAACCCAGUAACGUUGCUGGCGUGUCCAGUACAGACGUAUUCCCUCAGCCUGACCUGACGGACGAGGGUUUAGCUCGCCCAGUGCUGGCUGGCAUCGUUGCCACCAUCUGCUUCCUGGCUGCUGCCAUCCUCUUCAGCACACUCGCCGCCUGCUUCGUCAACAAGCAACGCAAACGCAAACUCAAGCGCAAGAAAGACCCUCCUCUCUCGAUAACCCACUGCAGGAAGAGUUUGGAGUCCCCGUUGUCUUCCGGCAAGGUGAGUCCUGAGAGCAUCCGCACGCUCCGUCCCCCCUCUGAGUCCUCCGACGACCAAGGCCCGCAGGCCAAGCGGAUGCUGAGCCCCACCAAGGAGAAGGAGCUCUCCCUCUACAAGAAGACCAAGCGGGCCAUCAGCAGCAAGAAGUACAGCGUCUCCAAGGCAGAGGCCGAAGCUGAGGCCACCACCCCCAUCGAGCUCAUCAGCCGCGGGCCGGACGGCCGCUUCGUCAUGGACCCAUCAGAGAUGGAGCCCUCCCUGAAGACACGGCGGAUAGAGGGCUUCCCCUUUGUGGAGGAGACGGACAUGUACCCUGAGUUCCGGCAGUCGGAUGAGGAGAACGACGACCCCGUCGUCCCCGCCUCCGUCACGGCCCUCAAAGCCCAGCUCACCCCUCUCUCCUCCAGCCAGGAGUCCUACCUUCAGCCACCAGCAUACAGCCCCCGGUUCCACCGGGCGCUGGAGGGUCCCGGCACCCUACAGGCCACCGGCCAGGCCCGCCCGCCGGCCCCCAGGGCUUUCCACCACCAGUUUUACGGUUACCUCAGCAGCAGCAGCCCCGGGGAGGUGGACCCGCCGCCCUUCUACAUGCCAGAAGUCAGCCCGCUCAGCUCGGUCAUGUCCUCCCCGCCACUGCACCCCGAGGGGCCCUUCGGACACCCCACCAUCCCUGAGGAGAACGGGGAGAACGCCUCCAACAGCACGCUGCCCCUGGCCCAGACCCCCACGGGGGGCCGGUCCCCCGAGCCCUGGGGCAGGGCCGAGUUCCCCUUCGGCAGCCUGGAGGCAUCCCCUGCGGCGUUCCCCCCCCAGCUCCAGCAGUGCGAGGCGGCCGAGGGCUCCCAGCCCACCGGUUGUCUUCCUCGGGGGCCGCCACCUUCCUCUCUCCAGGUCGUCCCCGCGUCCUACCCGGGCAUCCUGCCCCUGGAGGCACCAAAGAGUUGGACUGGCAAGUCACCCGGCAGGGGCCAACCCUCCGUGCCCCCCACCACCAAGUGGCAGGACAAACCUAUGCAACCCAUGGGAUGUCAAGGGCAGCUAAGACAUACCAGUCAAGGUAUGGGCAUACCCGUGUUGCCUUACCACGAACCGUCCGAGCCCGUCGGCCACAGCGGCACAAGCACAUUCAGCCUGGACACCAGGUGGUACGAGCCCCAACCCCGACCUCGGCCCAGCCCUCGGCAGGUCAGGAGGGCUGAGCCCAGUUUACAUCAGGUGGUGCUACAACCUUCGAGGCUUUCUCCUCUGACCCAAAGCCCCCUCAGCUCCCGCAACAGCUCCCCGGAGCUGACCGCCCGUGCCCGGCCCCGGCCGGGCCUCAUCCAGCAGGCGGAGGUGUCGGAGAUCACCCUGCAGCCCCCCGCCGCGGUCAGCUUCUCCCGCAAGUCCACGCCGUCGACUGGAUCCCCCGCGCCGAGCAGCCGGGGAGAGAGCCCCAGCUACCGACCCACCACGGCCUUCACCCCCCUGGCCACCGGCUAUUCUGGCUCCCAGGGCUCCUCCCUGCCCGCGGACACCAUGGAUGUUUUUGGAGACAUCCCUUCUCCUAGGAGGGCUAGCGAGGAGAUCCUCAGACCGGAGCCCACAUCGACAACGGUAGCCACCUCGGGAAAACGUCCAUCUCCGUCCGGGGACGCUGCUGCACCUGAGAGGCUCGAAGCUCUGAAAUACCAGCGGAUAAAGAAGCCCAAAAAGUCAUCCAAGGGCUCCUCGAAAAACAGAAAACAAUCCAAUGGCUCUGCCUCCCAGGUUCAGCACCUUCCCAGCUCUCAGGUACUGUGGCCUGACGAAGCUGUCUGCCUCCGCAAGAAGAAGAGACACCCUCGUCAGGACCCCUUCGCCCGCCUCUCGGCGCUCAAGGACGACCUCUGCCACCGGCAGCUCCCCGAAGACCAGACAGCCAUCCUCAACAGCGUGGACCACGACGACCCCAGCGGGCACGCCACUUUGCUUUAGCCUUGCGCCGGCCCAAGAAGGUUAAAAAAUAAUAAUAGGGGUUUGGAGGGAGCUGGAGCCUUGUCUGCGUGCACGCUGGGCCAGGGGGGUCAUGGCAAGGACGAGCUGGGGGGGACCCUGGGGUGGGUUGGGGUCCGGGGGGGAUGCCUGGGGCUGCUCGGAUCUGCAUUAUCCCCUUUCGGCUUCAGUGGGGUGGGCAGGGGGUGUUGCAGCUUGGUUUCGGAAAAGAUCUCCAGACGUAAAAGGCACAGGCAAAGCUUUUGACAUCUGCUUCUGCAGCGUGCGUGUAGGUAGAAAUUGUGGAGCUAAGCAGCUGGCCCUGAAUCGCUGGAAGAAAUGACGUGGGGCGUAAUUAAUUGACAUGAAACUACCAGUCCAACUAACAACUGGUAAUCCCCUGAAUCUGAUUAUGAUAGAAUGAGACCAAAUAAUCCAGGAAAGCUGUAAUUGUGAAAAUCUCCUUGCCUCCCCCUUCCCAGCCUCCCUUUAUGUGAAGAUAACAGCAACAACAAUGUCACUGACAUCUUUCCUUACCUGUCUCUGAAAGGGAAAACCAGAAAGACCCCAAGGCUUCAAACCAGCCUGAGAUGUGAGAAAUCACAAUCUGUCUGUGCAUAUGCGCUUUAACCUUGUUAACGUGUGCCGAACACUUUGCAAGCACGCAGGUAUGGGACAGUUUUCACCCACGGGUGUCUCCCCCCGGAGUGUGGUUUGUGUCAGCCUUGAUGAGGGUGGUUUUGAUCAAUUCUUCCUGACACUCCGUGUAUCACUAGCCAAUGUUCUCCAGUGCCGUGCAGUGAUGUGAUUUCUUACUGCGGUAACGUUUGUAAUCUUUAUCCGUAACUGCAGAACGGGGAGACGCCGUUGUAGGGGUGCGAGCGAAGGGGGUUCGGCUGUGCAGACCCCAAAGCCUCUGUUGGCAGCUCGCUGAUCCCGAGUGAGAGCGGCUGGGAAGUGCCCGGCUUCGUGGCUCACAACGGACGGCUUCUCCGAGCAGCCUCGCAGAGCCCAGCCCAGCAUUUCGCAUCGGUCUGACCCGUGUUGCUGCUGGUUUCGCUGCCUGCCCCUUCCUCCUGCUUUAGCCCAGCUGCCCAGGCGACCUGCGACACCUGCUUUGGGACUUGUCCCGCUCUUUGCCGCGUCCCAGGAGACCCGCUGUUCCCCUCUUGGUAAUGCUGUCCUAACUCCUCACCAGAAUGUAUUUCCUCUUCCUAGGGCAGGUUACUUUUGGCAAUUGACGUUUCUCUGGGUUACGUAGGCCUUUUUUCGGCAGGGAAGCUGUAGCCUGCUCCGAGAACACCCGGCUUCGGCUUCUCUUUCCUGCUCCGCCUCCACUCUCUAACUGCGUGGCCUUGGGCAAGUCACCGAACCUCUCUGUGCCUCAGUUCUCCCAUCUGUAAAAUGGGGAUAAGUCAUAUUUCAGCACUUUUGUCAAGCACUUGGCUGCCUGCGGGCUGCAGGUGCUACGUACGCACUGAGUGCUGUUACUACCACGUGAACCCUACCUUCAGAAUAGUUAGAGAUUUUUUUUGAAGUGGUAAGAUCAAACACUUAAUUCAGGUUUGCACACUUCUUCCUCUCUGGUAAAGUGCUAAACCCGCCAGCCUGCCUGGGAAUAAAUUCCAAGUAUUUCCUGUGAACAUCCUUGCGUUAAGUGGAUUCAGGCUGUGGAAAAAUCGUCAGGAGAACCCAAGAGCCUGUAGGCAUUUUUUUUUUUUUGCCAUGGGCUUGCCAUUUGCUUACACAACUUACGUUUAUUCCCAGGUAGAAUCGCCAAGAGAUGCUCUGCCAUCUCGCCUUUAAUUGUGGUUUGCCUUGGUUAUUGCUCUUGCUGCUGGUUGAACCUCAAAGGGCUUUGAUGUUUGGAGAAACGUGCCAGCUCUCGCCUGCCUGGCCAGAGCGAGGGGUCGGGGGAUGGCAAUGCCAACAAGCCAAGCUCCCCAGGAGGUUUUAGGUAGAAAUCCAUUUGCCAGUCUGCCUAGAAGUUUCUUUUUCCAGAAUGUUGUGCUUCCUCUUCCAUCGGGAUGUUCAGAAGCCUGCCACAGUGGCAGCAGAGCAGCACGUCUUUCCAAAUCUCAAAGCCCUGCCUUAGGUUCAAACCACUUGACCGAAUCCUCUAAUCGAUGAAGAGAUGUUUUCAAGCUUUAACAACUUCAUUUAGGUGGUCUUCAAACCGUGAGCAGAUUUGUCUCGGGAAGGAGGGAGGGUUGCUUAGAAAUGCCUCUCUCUUUAAGCCUGCAUCAGGGCUCCUUUUUUUAUUUUGAGACCCUCGUGACCUGAUGUAAUACCAUCAACCACCAGAGCGAGACUUCAACUUUGCUAACAGUAUGACCGAGUGUUUCUUUUAUUUGAGUGUGUUUUAGGGCUUUACCUAGAAUCCACUUGGAUCUGAAUUGAUUUAAUGCCAUGUGCCCGUUCGGCAGUGGGAAAUCUCUGCCCGGGUGACUUCAGCUCCCUGGUAUAGGUGCGAGAGGAGCUGAUUUCUGCCCCAGACCGUGGCUGAUGUUGCAACGGAGGAGGACACGGGGCCGUGGGGGGCCGCAUCCAGCCUCCCCGAGGAUGCCCGAUGGGGCGAGCGGGUGCCUCGGUCGUGGUCGCCCUCUCUGCGUGGACGUGAGCCCCACAGGUGACGUUCACCCCGCGCGGGGCUGGGGACACUCCGUGGCGCGAUGCCACGCUGGGUGGGGGGCGCGUAGGCUCCGUGCCGCAGCUCGCUUGCUCGUCCUUUCGCUCUCGUGGCCUGGACCUCUCUAGCAGAAAGCUUCCUUUUUCAUUUGAGUGCUUUCCAAACUAUUUGCGAUGCCCGUUUGUUACGGGCAAGGCAGCAUCUUUGGGCUCUUGAGGUUUUGACCUCGGGACCGUGCCCCUGUCCCCGCCGUAAGGAGGAGGAUUUGGAGCGCAGGGAAGGUUGACGGAGUGCGCCAGCUUGCUUGGUCAAUCUUUUGAGAAUUUGUUUUCCUUUUGCAGGUGUUUUGAGCCGAUGGGCCCCCCUGCUUUUCAUGGUCUUCGACCUUUAAAGGCUGGAGCUGCAGCCCUCUCUCUUUCAGCCGUGUACCUGCCACGCUGCUGGAGUGGGAAAUCCCGCCAGGGCGCCUCGUGGACGCGUCUCUUCCCUAAACCAUCCUUACCUCCUUUCCCCGCUAGACCGAGUUACCUUCUGAUAGACUCUUGCCACGUGCUGGGCCGUGCUUUGGCAGAUGGGCUCGCCUCUUGCUUUGGCAACUUCCUCGCUUCUCCCAGCUCUCUGGUUUCCAUGCCCUUACGGGGUUUCUCUCCUCUCCUCCCGCGGACCUGGGACAUCGAAGCUGUGUCAGACGAUGCCAAACGUUUUCCCCCAUUCCAUCCCUGUUUGAACUCCGUUUUGUUUUGGUUGUUUGCAAACACGGCUGCUGCUGCUUUUUUUUCCGUUUUCUUUCAUGCUGCAAAAUAUAUCUUGAUUUUUUUUAUCUUCAUGGGCCAAACUCUCUUAUUUUGUAAGCUUGUCCGAGGCAGAUGGUUCUUGCUGCGUUGGUAAACGUGUGGUUCCUCCUUGCAUGGCGCAAAUGCGACGUGUUCCAUUAGGUCUCAUGCAACGAGCUGGGCUGCGGUGGAUAAAAUGCUUCUGUAUCUGACGAGGACAUUGUCCUUGGGCUGUGCCAAUGUGUCUGUGCAGCGAGCACCCGGGUGGCCCGGUGCUGGUGGGUGGGAGCAGUGCCCUAGGGGGUUUCUGAUGGGCUCUGCCCACUGCAGCCAGGCUGCGGGGCUGGAGGAGCACCGAGGCUGCUGCAGGUUUGUUCUGCGAGCAUUAGGAAGUGAGAAACGGGCAGCAUAAGGCUGUCCCCAAGCUGGGGGUGGAUAAUGUGGAGAGGUGGCUGUAGGGUGCCACCCUGCGCACCCCGCACAUAAAAUUGGUGCUUUCCUUUUGCAGGUAGGUCUGGAUGUAGAGAUGUGCUGCCCCGUUUUGUGGCAGGAGCUGUUGAGUGAUUUAGGCCAGGUAUUUUUAAGGUAAUUUUGCUGUGCAAAUGCACUGAUUUUUUUUUUUUUUUGAUGGUUGGGUUUUGUAGGGAUUAUGUGAGUGAAAACGCAGGUUAGUGCCAGUGGGGAGAGCGGGAGGGUUUUGUGGCUGCUGAUAGGGCUCCGUUCCUGCGCCUGCAUGUGGCUGCGUACAUGGGCACUGAGAUGGGGUCUGUAGGAUGGGAGCCUGGAGCUCUCUUAGCAGCCCUCUCAUGGGCCUGCACCCUGACCCCCUGGGCUGGAGCCUCCAGGAGGUGCCGGGGGCACCUCUGGCACAGGAGGGCACCUUGCGAUGCCGCUGGCUGCGGGUGGCUCUGUGUGGAAGCCCCCCAUGCAGAAUGGGACACAGUUUGCUCCCGGGAUGCUGGGAAGUGCUUGUGUUGGGUAUGUGGUGAUUUUUCUAGGGCAGGGAGUUCCCUGUUGCUGCUGUGUGUUGGUCACUUGGGGCUUCGAGGCUGUUCCGGGUGACUGGUGGGCACACAGCUGUUGUCUGUGUGCAUUCCCUUGUCACCCCAUCCAGUGCCACCACGCUGUGCUUGUCACUGCCCGGGAGGGAGUUUUUGGUAGGUACCGAACUGCAGGGAAGGGUUUGCCCAGAAGGACCUCUGCCUCUGUUUACCCCAUCCCUAUAAAGGGAGUAACUGCACUGCUGUGCCUACCUCCAGGGGUGCUGAGGGCUCAGCACUCCAGCUCACCGUCCCAGCAGGGCUGAGUCACGUCUGUGGCACCUGGGCAUGACACACGCCUUUUGGCUUACAGCUGCUCAUAUCCUGCAGUUUGGGUUAGGACGAAAUCUGCCUGGCAUUUUGGUUUCCCCUCCUCCUCAGGGCGGUGAGGGAGAAUUGAGAUUUCUCUGAGUUUUGGGCUGGUUUCAGGCACGUGUUUUCAGCCAUACUUCUGGGCUUGGGGUAUUUUUCGGAGAGCAGAGGGGUUUUCCUGGGAGGCCUGGAGGCUUGCAGUCUGCAGGGGUUUCUCCACAUCCUGCUUGAGCUCGCUGCAGCCCUGAGCUGGCAGAGCUGAUGCUUUUUGUGUGGAAGGAAAUCUUUUCAAGGAGCCGGAGCUAAAAGCAAUGUAUAUAUGAGAUAUAAAUAUAUAGAGAAGCGUAGGACAAGGGUAGAUACGUAUGCGAAGUCUGGUAUAUAUGCAUGUGAAGGAUACGUUUGUCUAUAGGGGGAGAGUGUUUAGAGCUCUGUUGGUAGCGGUGGGGGGGAUUGGGAUGGCCGAAGUCGGGCAGGGGGUGGGAGCAGCCAGAGCUGGGAUUUGGGAACGGAUGGGCACAGGGCACCUCUGCGCUGCCCUGUGGCAGCAGGCCUGCCCUUCACUGCGUCCCCAUCCCUGCUACACAGGACCAGGUUUCUUUUUUAUGUUUCCCCCCCAUUUUUUUUGCUGUGUUCAUUGUACGUGACUCAUCACUGGGCUGUGAUAAUGAGAAGAAGGCAGGGGCGAGGGGCCUUUUGUCUGCAUGUGGGGCAUUAAAGCGGAAGGAAACAUCACGUUGCCGCAGCUGUGGUGUCACUGCAACCGUUCAAAGGGAAAGCAAUGCCGUGCAGAAUCCCUUAUCUAAAACCCACGUAGGUGCUGCUCUCUGGUUACCCAUGUUAAAGCAUUUGGCUUCUGCAUCCGUUCUUCCCAGAAGAGCAUGAGUCAGACGAGAUGAGAGGGGUAGGCUAAAUUGGCCGCGAAGUACCGCACGGGCUGAGCCAGGCUGUCCCAGCGGCGGUUCCUCCGCGGGGCGAGAUGUUCUGCCUCCCUCCCAGGCGCCGCAUGGAGCUGUGUCUUUUUUUAAACUCAUUAGCAGGACGUUUGGGGCAGGGCAUUCAACCGCCAAGGACACUGGCAGAGGCAACAUCACAGCUCACCUGCCCGAUGUGCUACAGCGUCGCCGCUUUGUGCGCCGAAUCAGGAGCCCCUUGCAGGGCACAACGGCAGGCUGGACCCGCUGUGGUCACAGGCAGCGAUGACGUGGGCUGAAAUUGCAAAGUGUGUGCUGGCUCCGGGCAUGGGGAUGGCUGAAUUUUUUUUUGGGGGAUGCUCAUUGCCCACCAGGGAGUCCAUCCUCAUGCUGCUUGGGCAUGGGGUAACCCUUUAAAGGGGAUGCCGGCUCCCAUUUCCACCCUUCAGCUUAGUUUUGAUGUCUUUAUCUGGGUGGCUUUGCUUCUCUUUGCCUGUCCUUGCAGGGGAGGAGAGGCUGUGAGGUGUGGUUGGUUCCUGUCAGAGGUGAUUGCUGAAAUCUGUAGGGGAAAUAUCUGUAGGGAAAUGCCAGGUACUGCAGGGUUACUGGCUGAGGAAGCAGCGAUGGCACACGUGAUUUGGCAACUUCUGUGCACAGAAGAGAAGGAAGCUAGCACUGAUCUUUAUUUCCAUUAUGUCCACUGCUGCGUGGCAAAGACUGCACGGCUCGGGGCUCCUGGGAGAGGCUAGAAGAUGGAGCCUGCUCCCCUCUCCGAGUGACUCGGACGAGCUGGGGCCACACAAAGCAGUAUUUCCCUGAUUUCCCCAUUUCUGUGUGUUUUGGCCUGGCAGGUUUGCGCUGUCUAAACUGCCCAUCCCUUGCGUGUGGCAGCAGGUGUCAUGCCCAGCGGUGCUGGGUGACCUCAGGACGUGUGCCCAAAGCAUCCCAAAUCCCCGGGGCUCUGGGUGUUUUUUUGAUACGUGCAUGGAUGGAUGAAGGACCGAAUAUGGGGAGGGGGCAGAGGGGAUUGCUCAGGGUUUGGGGGUUUGGAUGCUGCAAGCAUGCACCGUAGUGGUAGGUGAUAGGGCUUUUAUACUGGUUGCAAUGGGGCAGGGCCUGGGAGGGGCUGGCAUCCUUUAGUUUUUGCACUGGUUGAAGCAGGAGGGCUCGUGCCUGUCCCCUGCGGUGUCCCUCUGUGAGGCUGGGGGCUCUGGGGACACCAGGAACGGGGAGGGGGCUGCUGGGCACCGGCUCCAGCCACGCACAGCAGCCAGCCCCUGCUCAUCGCAUGAAUUUGCCCAGGUUUUUGCUUUACCAUCAAAAUACAGAUUUCUCUCCCGGGGGGGGGGGGAAGUCUUGUUCCAGUUCUCUUGAAGCUAUGGGCGGUCAAGGGGUGCCCAUCGUCCGAGUCCCAGGCUUUUCAGCCCUGUGGUCUUGAAGCCCCUGUGACUCCUACCCACCCUGCACUUCAAACAGAAAAUGACCAGAGAAACAAGCCCCAGUAUCUCUAUC